AUGUCUCUCAAAAUCUCUCCCUUCUCAGCCUUUCGCACUCUAUCUCUCUCACGCCACACAACUUGUAAGGCAGGCCCUCGAAUCUGCGCAUCAAAACCAACACAAACACUCUUCCCAUCCCACAGCACACAACCCAGCACCCGCGCCUACGCCACCAAACCCCUCACCUCCCCCCCCUCCUCUCCCUCUCCCACUCCACCCCGCGCCCCCCAACCCUCCUACGACUUAACCUUCACCUGUACACCCUGCUCAGCGCGCAGUACACACCGCAUAUCAAAACAAGGCUAUCAUUCCGGCUCUGUACUCAUCACCUGUCCCUCGUGUAAAAACCGUCAUGUAAUAUCAGAUCAUCUAGGUAUCUUUGGUGAUCGCAAGUUAACGAUUGAGGAUUUGAUGAGGGAACAGGGGAUGCUUGUUAAGAAGGGGACGUUGAGUGAGGAUGGGAAUUUGGAGUUUUGGAAUGAUGGGACGAGGACGGAGAGGAAGAAGGAUAAUGAUGGCAUGGGGAGGGGAAAAGAGGGAGAAGGGAAUGCGGGGAUUGGAGGGCCGGCGAAUUAG